ACCCCCAAACACCAAACACCAAUCUCCAACUCACCCAACUCUCUCACGCAAAACAACAUCCUCACUCACCAAACACCCCAAGUUUCAAAAUGCGUUUCUCAAUCUUCUCCACCCUCCUCGUCUCCCUCGCGGCCCUCUCCACCGCCGCCGAACUCGGCAUCGAGAAGACCCACGAGGUAGAAUGCACCCGCAAAACCGUCAAGGGCGACACCGUCCAGAUGCACUACAGAGGCACGCUCCAGUCCGACGGCUCCGAGUUCGACUCUAGCUACAAGCGCAACUCGCCAUUGAAGUUCAAGGUCGGUUCGGGCAUGGUUAUCAAGGGGUGGGAUGAGGGUCUCCUGGAUAUGUGCAUCGGUGAGAAGCGCACUUUGACUAUCCCCCUGAGUAUGGCUAUGGGUCUCGUGGUGUUGGGCCCAUCCCUGGUGGCGCGACUCUGA